AUUGUGGAAUAUUUUGACGUAAUGGGACGUCUGUCCUUGAGACAUAUUUGCAUUGUGCGCUAUCUCGUGAACUACUUCCUGUCCACUGCACUAAAAGCUAAUCAGAUUAUGUAAUCUUCUGCGCUUGUUUUGUAUGGUUUUUUUUAAUUAUUAACAAACUGGGAGUGUAGCUAGAACGAUAGUGUUUAUCCGGUUGCUAACCAAAGAUGCGAAUUUGUAAUCUUUCACCAAAGCAGUUAAAAUUUCAGAGUGUUUAGUGUGAUUUGUUUGUUGUUAGGUAUGCGAAUUAAUGCAGGUGUAUGCUGUGACGCAUUCGUUAAUCGUUAAAGACAGUGCUUUUGCUUUGUUGGAAUAGAAGAUGUAGUUCGUGGCUGCUGCCGUGGCAGGACUGUUAUUGUUGCUAAUGGGUAUUAACAGUUCGAAAUCCACAAAGAAAGCCUCGAAUUCUUUCAGUGGCAUAUCUCCGAACAACUCACUGAAGAGUGAAGAAAGUAACAAGUCCUACACAAAUAUUUUGGUACUAUCAAGGAUGGGUUCUAUGUUUUUUGAUGAAGAUGGAGAUCUAGCUCAUGAAUUCUAUAUAGAAGUGCCACCACCCAAAAAAGGUUGUAAAGCUACCAUGAAGAGAGUGCUUCACAAUCUGAUUCCUCAGGGUGAAGUCCCGUAUAAAUUUCCUAGACUGCAUUGUGACUUCCCAGUAAUCCUUCAUCAUGUAUGACAUUAAGUGUUUUUCUUCAAUGCCCUUGGUGAAAUUAGUUAAAACAUUUUUGGCCUAAUGUUAAUUGUGUUUGACAAGUAUUGGCCAAAAAUGUCGCCUUUAUAUUAGAUGAUAUGCUUCUGAAUAUUAAAUCAUAUCAACGAGGUGUAAUGCAAUUAGUAAGUUAUUUGGAUGUUUACAUGAUGACAGAAUCUUUAGUUGAUUUCAUUGUAAAUCACUGCAAAAGCACCUGCAGCUUUCAAAAUAAUUCAACAUUUAACUGUAAUGUGGAAGAUUUUGUGUACAUUCUGCAGAGAUUACUAUGCUAUUUAAAACUAUGUAAUUUCCAAUUUACAUUCUACAGUUGUUACACAAUUUAAGUCUUAAGUCAAAUUGUGUAAUGAUUGAGUUCUGUUGGAUUGUAGCCUUGUAAUUUUUUGUAGUACUGAAGAAACUCCAGUACUUCGGUUUAAUAGAGUAUUUGUGAAAGACAUAUUGUAUUGCUUUCCGUAUAGCACAGUUUUAGUGUAGAAACAUGAUUUUGCUACUGUGAUUGUACAUAUGUAUAUACAUAUAGUUUGUGUGUGUGUGUGUGGGGGGGGGGGGGGGGGCGCCCGCACACUCAAUGAGCAUCUCAGUGACACUGUCAUGCUUAAAAAAACAAGCUCAUCCUAUCUAUUACCUUUACCUGAUAAAGGUCACAGAUUGACAAGCAAUACAGUAGUGCGUGCGCGCCACUACUGCUCUCCCCUUUCUGCUCCUCAGAAUUAGACGAGUCAUUUGCUGAAGCUUCCUAAGUUUUCCGAAUUAAUUAUGGAAACCAUAGAGCUUGGACAAUAUAGGUACAUUCCUUGUUUCUAUUUCUGAUCUCUCUUUCGUGAGAAAAAUCUGAGUCAUAAAAAUGUCUU